AUGCGACCCUCCCCGCCGGCCGAGAAGCAGCGACCUCGUAUCAGCGCCAUGCCUACCGUCGGCCACUCGCGUGAUCCCGACGCAAAGACAAAGCGGACAGACUACAUUUCGUGGGACGACUACUUUCUCUCCAUCGCCAUCCUGUCCUCGUUCCGCUCCAAGGACCCCAACCGCCAGGUCGGCGCGUGCAUCGUCGACCCGGCGACGCAGCGGAUCGUCGGGAUCGGCUACAACGGCUUCCCCAUCGGCUGCGGCGACGACCAGCUGCCUUGGGCGCGGGUGGGGCCGUGCGCGCUCGACACAAAGUACCCGUACGUGUGCCACGCGGAGAUGAAUGCCAUCAUGAACAAGAACACCGCCUCGCUCGAGGGCAUGCGGAUCUACGUCACCCUCUUCCCGUGCAACGAGUGCGCCAAGCUCAUCAUCCAGUCGCGGCUCUCCGAGGUUGCAUACCUCUCGGACAAGUACCACGACACCGACAUGAUGGGCGCCUCGCGCCGCAUGCUCCGCCUCGCGGGCGUAAAGAUAAGACCGCUCACGCCCGCAGUCAGCCACGUACUGGUCGACUUCGAGGGCGUGCGGUGA